AUGCCUGUCUCGUGUGACGCCUGCGCAGUACGCUUACUAGAUGGAAAUAAUGGCGCCUUAGUUGUUUGGUUAGUGUUGUUAGUUUAUGUAAAGUUCUGUAUGCUGUUUGCAUUGAUUCAACAUGAUAAGGCCAUCGCUACUGAAACUCAUUACUAAAACCCCACUGACUGGAAGUGUCACAGGUCAAGCAGCGAGAUUCGCCACACAGCAAGUUGAACCUUCAAGAAUGGAGAAAACAUUAAAUGAAGUCAAACUGUUGGGUCGUGUUGGUGGGGAACCUCAGAAACGGGGAACAGAAGAGCAUCCUGUUGUUAUUUUCUCUCUUGCAACACAUACAAAUUACAAAUAUGACACAGGUGAGUUUGUUCAAAGGACAGAUUGGCAUCGGAUAUGCGUAUUCAAGCCUUCGCUUCGUGACACAGUUUACACUUACCUCAAGAAGGGACAGAGAAUUUAUGUCUCAGGAAGGCUUACAUAUGGUGAAAUUAAGGAUGAAGAGGGUAAUCCCCGUACCACCACAUCAAUUGUAGCAGAUGAUGUUAUAUUCUUCCAGACAAGUGAUUAACUCACAUUAAAAUAAUUAUGGGAGUUCUAAGUUGCUGCAUCUGAAAAAAAUAUAUACAAUAAGGAUUUCUUUCAUUUGAACAUGUAAAUUGAAGUACAUAAUUCAUAGAGUUACAUGAUCUAAAAUUUGAUUUGUUACUGAAUUAAAAUGAAGGCAUACAUGUAAUUAUCUGGAAUUGGAGUUUGAAGUGGCAUUAGGUAAGGCAUUUGGGCAUUUGUUGACUUUGGUUUGAUAUGAUGGACAGGUUAAUAUCUCUUUACUGCAAAGAGUGGAAUCGUUCAUUAGUCUAAUUCCAGUGUUAUUAUAUCCAUAUUCUUGUAUUGCAUUUGUAUGUGGAUAUUUGUAAGGGUUAAAAUGUAUUAAAACAUUUUAUAUCACUCAUAAUAAAGUACUCUUUACUCUUGUUUUUACCAUA